UUGUUCUUGCCCAGGAAGACAGUACACCUCUGUGGUUAUAUUUUUCAAAUUAUACUUGUAGUGACAUUUAUAGUUGAAUAGACUUCCAAAGAGAUUUAAAGUUUUCAUCAAUAUUCUAUAACAAUUCAUAACAAUGUGUGCUUAAAUUUUUCCAAGUAUAAUCAUACUUGGUAACACUGCAGAAUCCUUUUUGCCUGUGAAUCUAAUUUUAUACUCUUAUGUGGAAGACAUAGCAUUUUAAUUUGAUUUUACUUAGUGGGUUUGUAGAGAACCUAUAGAAAGUUAAAUUAAGCAAAGUUUGUGUUCUGCUUCCUCUCUGUUAUUUUUGUUAAAUUCUCCAAUCUCUGAGGCUGAAAAAAAAAUGGGUUGGGGAAACAAAUUUAUACAUGUUCCCAAGAACAAAAGCAAAAGAUGUGUGUCCAGAGUAUUUCAGUGGCUCCUUAAUGUAGAAAAAAGAAAACCCACCUGAAACUCCAAAAACUCUGAAAUUAAGAGUCAAAAUAAACUUAAAGUCAAGAAAGAAAUGUCAUUUCUGCAGGAGACCCAAAUAUAAGCGGAGAAGUACACAAAACUAUUCUAAACAUAUUAUCAGAAGAGUUACUGGAGAACCCAUUCAGGUUACUGAAGACAGCGAUUUAUUUGGUUUGAUCUCUUACUUUUAAUUUAUAUAUAAUUAAUUUACAUAGAAUAUAUAAUUCUCUUCUAAACUAAUAUUAGCGUAAAGUCAAAGAGUGUCCUAAUAUGUCUCAAAAUAUGAGAACAUUUUUUUCAUGUCAUUCAAUGUUUGUUCAAUGAUAGGUCUGUAGAAGGAGGACGUACCAUUUAGGGUCGUAGUUAUUUACUUUUAAAUCACUGAAACUGUCGUUUAAAAUUUCUGUCUACAAGACUCGGAAUUAUUAUGCAUCCAUCUCAAAUAAUUUUUAUUUUGAAAAAAAUGCAGUUUUUGUUUUUUAAAAAACUACUCUUUUAACAUGAUAGCUAUUGUAAGCAAGUUUUUUAAGUGUAAUUAUUUAAAAGCAGCACAGGGACUUCGGAUGAUUAUAAUCAAUAUGGCAAUGGUUGCAUUCUAAUCCCUAAAUAUGGGGGGGGGGAUGGAUUGAUACUUUCUCUCCAAAUAUAAGCUAAUGUUGAAGACAAAACAGUUUUUCGCUUAUCUUCAGUACUUCCCUUUGUGGAUCAUACUCUUAAAAGGAACAACAAUGAUUGCCUCUGAGUGGAAGAACCGGAUAGCAGUGAGCCAUGGGAUAGAGACCUACUUUUCACUCUAUAUUCUUUUGUGCCUUUUUGACUUUUGAAAGAAAUACUUUAAUGUAUUCAAAAUCUAGGUAAAAAUUUUAAAUAUGAAAAUAUAUAGUUUUGACAAUGGGAAAAACAUGUUUCAUGAUGAAAACGAAAUCACUGAGGAAUAAGAUUCAAAUAUUUUAGCUGUUAUCAUUUUGCUUUCAAAGAGACGUUUCCUGAAAUUGAGAAAAACUAGACUGCGGUUCCACACAGAGCCUCUGGGCGCCGCUGUAGGCCAGUGCAGGGCAAGCGCUGACGCUUGGGAUUCCUCAGCCUCUAGCCAGGGAUUCCUGCGCAGCCAACACUUAGAGAAGGAAACCCCCUUACACACUAGGGCUCCCGGCUGCACAGACUCUCCCUGGAGUCUGGGGGGUUCGCCUGUCCUGGGCCGUAUGCUCUUCCAGUGCGAUAGUGUGCACUCUCCAGCCGAAAAGCCUGGACGCAGCGAGAACUAGAGCGCGCAAUGGGAGGGAGCUGCGCUCAGAGACGCCCAGCCCGCCGGCCGCAGGUACUGUUUCCCUUCCUUCUUCCUUUGUUCUACCGCGCGCUCUGCGAGCCGAUCCGCUACUCGAUUCCGGAGGAGCUGGCCGAGGGCUCGGUGGUGGGGAACCUCGCCAAGGAUCUAGGGCUCGGUGUCCUGGAGGUGUCGGCUCGGAAGCUGCGUGUUAGCGCGGAGAAGCUGCUUUUCAAAGUAGACGCGGAGAGCGGGGAUUUACUCGUGAAGGACAGAAUAGACCGUGAGCAGAUUUGCAAAGAGAGAAGAAUAUGUGAGUUGCAGUUGGAAGCCGUGGUGGAAAAUCCUUUAAACAUUUUUCAUAUAAUUGUGGUUGUUGAGGAUAUUAAUGACCAUGCUCCCCAAUUCGAUAAAGAUGAAAUAAACUUAGAAAUCAGCGAAUCUGUCAGCCCAGGAGUGGGAACAAUUCUUGACUUGGCGAAAGAUCCUGAUAUUAGUAUGAAUUCUCUAAGCAAAUACCAACUAAGUCCUAACGAAUAUUUCUCAUUGGUGGUGAAAGACAAUCCCGACGGUGGCAAAUACCCAGAAUUAGUCUUGAAGAAGACCCUGGACCGAGAAACGCAGAGCGCUCAUUACUUGGUCCUGACAGCCUUAGAUGGUGGGGUUCCGCCACGAAGUGGCACAGCUCAGAUCCGAAUCCUGGUGGUGGAUGCCAACGAUAACCCCCCAGUGUUCAGCCAAGACGUGUACAGGGUCAGCCUUGGUGAAGACUCGCCUCCAGGCACCUCAGUGCUGAUGGUGAGCGCCAGUGACAAAGACGAAGGCUUCAACGCUGAAAUCACCUACUCCUUUUUUGGUGUGGAUGAUAAAGUUCAGCACGUAUUCUCUCUGGAUUCCGCUACAGGAAGCAUUAGAACUCAACAACCCUUGGAUUUUGAAGAUGUAGAAAGAUACACCGUGGAUGUAGAAGCAAAGGACAGAGGAUCUCUCUCUGCACGGUGUAAAGUAAUUAUAGAAAUUCUAGACGAAAACGACAACAACCCAGAAAUAACCAUUACUUCACUCUCUGAUGAGAUUUUGGAGGAUUCCCGUCCAGGAAUGGUUGUGGCUCUCUUCAAAACACGGGACCGGGAUUCCAGGGAAAAUGGAGAAGUCACAUGUAAUUUAAGUAGAUAUGUUCCAUUUCAGAUUCAUUCAUCUUCUAAUAAUUAUUACAAGUUAGUAACAGAUGGAACCCUGGACCGGGAACAGACCCCGGAGUACAACGUCACCAUUACAGCCACCGACAAAGGCAAGCCACCCCUCUCCUCCAGCAUUACCAUCACCCUGCACAUCACCGACGUCAACGACAACGCUCCGGUUUUCCAGCAGUCAGCCUACCUGGUCCACGUGCCAGAAAACAAUCCACCCGGUGCUUCCAUAGCGCAGGUCAGCGCCUCCGACCCCGACCUGGGACCCAACGGCCACGUCUCCUACUCCAUCGUGGCCAGCGACCUGGAGCCGCGGGCGCUGUCGUCCUACGUGUCCGUGAGCGCGCAGAGCGGCGUCGUGUUCGCGCAGCGCGCCUUCGACCACGAGCAGCUGCGCGCCUUCGAGCUGACGCUGCAGGCCCGCGACCAGGGCUCGCCCGCGCUCAGCGCCAACGUGAGCCUGCGCGUGUUGGUGGGCGACCGCAACGACAACGCGCCUAGGGUGCUGUACCCGACGCUGGGGCCCGACGGCUCGGCGCUCUUCGACACGGUGCCGCGCGCCGCGCCGCCCGAUACUCUCAACAAAGAUAGUUCUUCAGUGGUAUUGGCUAGCAUUCUAACUCCUAGUGUUGAAGCAGAUAAGAAGGCUUUUAAACAGUCGGCCCGGGACUUCGUAGAUACAUAA